GUCAGCGGACGCCGGGGGUUCACGUCUCCCCGCAGCGCCGGGGGCCGAUGGGUGCCGGCCCCGCGUCCGCCCCGCGAUGGAGGUGAGGGGCCACAUCAUCCCCCCGGGCACCUACAGCCCUGCAGGGGCGCCCGCGGGGCGGCUGCAGGAGCUGCGGGAGCGGCAGCGGGGGCUGCGCCAGGCCCUGGGGCUGCGCCUGCGGGAGCUGCGGCGCCUCUGCCUGCAGGAGGCCGAGCUGACGGGGAAGCUGCCCCCCGAGUACCCCCUGGAGCCCGGCGAGAGGCCCCAGCCCCCCCCACGCCGUCGGGCCGGGGGUCCCCCCCGGGGCCCCCUCCCUGAGGCGGCGCGGGCGGCUCGGCGGGAGGUGGCGGUGCAGCUACAGGUGGUAGAAGCCGCCCGGCGUUUGGCGGCCGCCCCGGGGUUACCCCCCGAACAGCGUCGCCGCCGUCAGCGCCUGCAGGCCGAGGCGGCCCAGCGGCUCCGGCAGCUCCGCGCCCAGCUCGGCGCCGCCGCCGCCGCGCACGACGAGAACGGGUCCCUCUGCGACCUGCCCGCCCUGGAGAACGGGGCCCUGCCGGGGCUACCCCCCCCAAAACCCCCCCCGAGCGGAACCGGCCGCCCUUCGCCCCCCCGGGCAGGAUCCGGCAGCCCCGACCGCCGACCGCCGUGGGUCCCCGAGGCCGCCGUGGGGGGACCCGGCCGCCGCAGCUCCCUCGCCAGUCCUGCCAGCCCGGCGCGGACCCUGCCCCGCAGCGCUUCCAGCUUCGAGGGCCGCAGCGUCCCGGCCACCCCCGUCCUGGCCCGCAGCCCCUGCGCCCGCGGGCACCCCCUCUGCCGCCCCGAGGCGCCGGGGUUGCCCCCCCGGCCCUGGUCGGGCAGCCAGGACUCGCAGCUGGGGGGGCCCCCCGGUCCCCGGCCCCCCGCCGCCGGCCCCCCGCACCCGCCGCAGCAACAGCUCGGAGGCCUUGAUCGACUGGGGGGGCCCCCCCGAAAGCACCCCAGAGGCCGCCCGGGGUCGGGGGGGCCCCCCUUCGGGCCGAGCAGCGCCGCAGUCAGAAGUGGCUGGCGCUGGAGGGGCUGCGGGGACUGGUACCUGCGGCACACGGGGGCCCCCCCGGCGGCACCCCCCGGCCCCCGCCUGCCGCCCCCCCGGCCCCGCCUGGGCCCCCCGCCGCCGCGACCCCCCCGGCCUGCCCCACUCGCUCAGCUACGCCGGGGCCCUGGCGCCCAGGGCCUCGGGGGACUCCCCUGCGGCUGCCCCCCCUCCCACCACGGACCCACAGCCCCCCGGCACCCUGGUGUGACCCCCAGAUUCGAGGGGUCACACUCCCGGAAUCACUCCAUGCCCCACUCCGUGUGUGGGGAGGGAUCCCCAGAUUUGGGUGGGGAUACCCCUAAAUUUGGGGGGAAGCCCCCAAACCCCGGGGCCCCCCCUCCGGACCCGCUCCUGGCGAGCGGCCGGUUUCGGGGAGCCCCUGUUGCAUGCCCCCCUCGGGAACAGGGGGUCCGGCAGCGGGGGGGGGAGGGAGGGGGGCGCGGGGAGGCUGCACAGCCGGGUUCAAUACAGGGACCUGCUGCCAUUGCCUUGCCUGGCUCUUUUUUGGGGAAAACGGUGCCAUUUUGGGGUUCCCUCGCUGCCCCGAUAGCUCCUGUACGGCCCCGGGAGGUGGGUCCCUGCGUAUUCCGUACAUUUCCAGGGGCCGCCUGUACGGCCUGGGGUGGGGGGCAAGGGGACCCUACGUAUUCCUGGGGGGACCUAUGCGUGCUGUGGGGGUUCUAA